AUGAUGCCUGCAGCCACGAUGCAUGAAAAAGUCCAAAGGAGUUCGGCUGCUGGUCAGCCUGCUCCCUCGCACUCUCACCCUCCUGUAUAUCAUUCUCAUCCUGCACCUAAACGCAGUCUCUCAUCUAAACCUCACCCCGCCAACUCUUCGGACCGCCCACAACACCAGUCGCUUUCCCGCGUCAAGGGCCGGCAUACUAUGUACACACCACCUGCAAUGAGUACCGAGGGCUCGUGGCUGAGAGAUCAGUCACCGGCUCACCCUGGGACCAAGACACCAACCCGCUCCCAAGAGACACCAGAGCCAAGCACACCUACAUUAGUCAAUCCCUCCUCCGCCCUGCUGCAAGAUCUCCUCAAGGAGCAGCGCGCACACCGGGGCUCGCGAGGCAACAUCUCAGAAGAUUUGGAAACUAGCGGUCCACGAACUCCCGAGACUGCUCGACUUUAUGACGACACGGUUUCAGAAAAGGCACGUAAAGUCACCGAUGCGCUCUCUGCUGGCCAGAGAAAACCCAAAGAAAUGGGGAUGCGCGAAAUGGAUAGUUACGUUUCGAAAAUGAAUAAGCUCAAUUUCGAUUUGAAGCUCGAAAUUUUUCAUCGCACGCAGCAGAUGAGAAUCCUCGAGCAGAAGAUGGAACGGAUGGCAGAGAUGGAAGAACAGCUUGCUCAUAUGGACCAGCUGGAGGCAGAAGUGCGAGAGCUGCGGACCGUGGCAAACGAAAACCGAAUGUUACGGGAAACAAAUAAGAAGCUAAGCGAAGACUUCAAGAACCGUGAUCAAGCGGUUGUCGAAGCUGUCGACCUUAUCUGCCAGUUGGAAACGAAGAUUGACUUGCUGGAAAAUGGCGGGCAGACCUCGAAGAUGUCCAUGUCGCGUCCUAUGACCGCAGAUGGGUCGGAUGUGUUGACGCCAAGAGCCCUCACAAUGGUCGAAAUCCCAGAGAGAACGUCGUCGAGACGUGGUUCGAGAUCCUCUAGUGUCAUGAACGUGGCCCGCCGCCAGACAUCCUCUGAACUACGAAAACUCUCUAAAGCGCCAUCCUUUUUGCGCGCGGACGACAAGAGUACUGCAACCUUGCGAGGACUUUAUGAGCCCAGGAACAAUGAGCAACCUGCCGAAACGACCGGACUUGCAAAGUCGGAAAGUUUUCAUACUAUGACCGAGACCAUGGAACCAGAAUCCCCCAGAUUGAGCGUUUUGAGCGAAUGCAGUGAGCUAAAUACCUUCGACACGCCCACACGAUGGGAUGAGUUUGACAACUUUGAUAUUCCAGCCCUUAAGGCAUCGUCAACCACAGGCAGCAUGGAUAGCUAUGUUCGUCCCUCUGAGCGGGAGGAAAGCAAGGAAGACCGCAUCGACCGCUGGAUGCAGUCCAGACAGGAUACGAACGAGACUAUUAUUACAAGGCGGAGAAAUCGCGCAUCAUCCGAUGCCUCCAAAGCCGGUAUUCCAAGUCUUGUGGCUGAUUUGUACUCCCAGAAGCCCCGUGGGCGUGGGCGCUUGGAUGCAUCGCUAUUUGGAGGAAUCGCUCUACCCCCCACACCGGACACAAUGAGCACAGCAUAUGUCAUUGGCACCAACCGCUCAAAUGGUUCAAAUGGUUCAAAUGGAAGCAUCACAGCCCGAAAGAGUUUCCGUAAUGACCAAGACCCGUUCUUCCCUUCCAAGCCAAUCAACCGCCCACAAUCCGCCGAGGAGAUGGCAAAUCGUCGCAGCUUCAACAGUGAACUCACAGACAGCAUGCAGACUAAUUACAGUGACAGCACGCGCCCUGGAGGCGUGGUCGAGUCACACACCAUAUUACCCUCAUAUACCAAUGUUUCAUCCAAAGCCAGCGAGCUCCUCGGCCCUGGAAGCCCCAACAACCCUGCUAUCGAAACCUUUGGAGAUCUACACCAUGUUACUUCCAAUCAGGUGUCUACCCCGACUAUCCAUCGUGUCCGCAAUGUACCCAAGGCCAUGACCCCAGAACCGAAAAGCAACGAGCGUGACGUUUCACCGCCGCUCACACCCCAGGACUGGAUUGCGGCCGCAAACCAAGGCCCUCGGUCUCGGAAAGAAAAGGCUCGUGCGACUAGCCCCGAGCUCCAGCGGACUGAUAUGUCCCCCCGAAAGGCUUUCCGUCCUGUCACUUUCGACGACGAUGGGAGCAUCGCCUCGGAUCCAAGCGAGCCGGAUUCUGCUCGCAUCCCAACGCUUGACAUGACCACACUCGACAUUCUGGAACAACCUCUGGAAGUAUCCCAAGCAAACCCUCAACCGGAAGCAGAGCCAGAACCUCGCCGGCGCCUCAGCUUCCGACCCCCCUUCUUCAGUCGCUCCACCAACCAUCCCCGUCCUCUGCAGGCUUCCCCGAUCCCUAAUGAUUUCGAAGAUGAUGAAGAUGGAGCUCCAUCUCCUGUGAUUCCCAAAACCAGAACAAUGGGAGGAAGUGGCCGCAGACCCGCCUCCCAACUGUACACCAACCCGAACGAGCUGUACUCCAGCCUCCAGAUUUUCAGCGAACAGCCACCCACAUCCCCAAGAUGCCUCCCGCAGUCCUUCACCGAACCAAGAAUGGCAGACCUUGACACCUCAGCCGCCGGCCGCCCUUCUACAUCGCAUGGAACCGAACACAAGCGUCGAAGCUCCCUCGGCAUCAUCGGCUGGAUGAAGGGCAAGAUAUCUGACUCUGCUGACAAGCCUGAGCUCGCAAAAGAGUCUCGCACCCCCUCGCGGCUGCCAUUCGAGAGCGCCAACGGGGUUGGAAUACCCCAUGCCGAGACAUCAGAGUCGUUCGAAGCGCCUGCUGUGAGGCCUCGCUCAGAGGUGUUCACCCAGGAUGAUCUUGCUCGGCGACCUAGGUAUAUGGGUCGUCGUGCGCGUCGGGCUUGA